GCUGGGCCGCAGCGACGUAGCAGAAAGGAAGACGCCGCCCUCCCUCCCUCCCUGGGCGCGCCCGUGGUCCCCAAGCAAGGCAGCAGCUGCAGCGCGGUUAUGGCCGGGCGUCGCCUUGUCCUCGGCUCGGCUGUCCUGCUGCUGGUGGUGCCGCUGCUGGGCUGCCUGGGCGGCCUCCACUUCAAGGAAGGCCAGAGCUGCUACAAGCCGCUGCGGCGCAGCAGGAGCCCCGGAGUCAGAACUUACCCUCGUCCUCAUGAAUACCUGGACACCUCUAAGCUCCCCAAGAGCUGGGAUUGGCGCAACGUAGAUGGAGUCAAUUACGUGAGCGCCACACGCAACCAGCACAUUCCCCAGUACUGUGGAUCCUGUUGGGCUCACGGCAGCACCAGCGCCCUUGCAGAUCGCAUCAACAUCAAGAAGAAAGGCGCGUGGCCUUCCGCUUACCUUUCAGUUCAGAACGUGAUUGACUGCGCCAAUGCUGGGUCUUGUGAAGGAGGGGAUGACAUUGGGGUAUGGCAGUAUGCCCAUGAACAUGGCAUCCCUGAUGAGACCUGCAACAACUACCAGGCAAAAGACCAAGAUUGUCAGAUAUUCAAUCAAUGUGGGACAUGUGUUACUUUUGGAGAAUGUCAUGUGAUCAAGAACUAUACUCGCUGGAGAGUGGGUGAUUAUGGGUAUCUCGAUGGGAGAGUUGAAAUGAUGGCAGAAAUCUAUGCCAAUGGACCUAUUAGUUGUGGGAUCAUGGCUACUCCGAAGCUGGAUGCAUACACUGGAGGACUCUAUAUGGAAUACAGCCCAUCUUUGGUAAUAAACCACAUCGUCUCCGUUGCUGGUUGGGGUGUUGAAAAUGGAACUGAGUACUGGAUUGUCCGUAACUCUUGGGGAGAACCCUGGGGCGAAAGGGGCUGGCUUAGAAUUGUGACGAGCACAUGGAAAGGAAGCAAAUACAACCUUGGCAUAGAAGAGCUUUGUUCUUACGCAGAUGCAAUAGUUCCUUGAAUCUGCUCCAGGUGCUACUUGUAACAAACUGGGGGUCUGCAACAGGUCACGGGUGCAUAUGAACUACAGCCCGUCUCCCCUCACAGGAUUCUAUGAGUUUUUGUCUCCCCCACUUUUAAUUACCUGCUCUCAAUAUUUUGAGGGCGGUAAGCACACUGUCCUUAUCAGGCCUUUUCCUUUUUGGGAGAAGGGGGCAUGGUUUUCUCUCCCCUGGCUACCAAAAGAUUUCCCCAUGUGUGUUCAGAAACGAUUCUUUAUGGGCAGGGGAGUCUUUGUGAGAAGUACUUGAAUGUCAAGACUGCUGUUAUUUGUAACCUUGCAUCUGUGUUGUAAAGAGUGUUCCAGGAAGUUGUUUCCUUUUUUUUCAAAGGAAAAAAAUAGUAAUUUGGAAGUAUCCAUUAAACAGGGACUUGUGAAAUGUUGGCAUUGACUGAGCCCCCAGUUUUACCUGGGCUUUUAAAAAAAAAUUUUAAAGCUGCAUAUAGAUAUAUAUUAAAAAGGUGUGAAUUAAAUGUACUGAUUGCACUAGGGGAGAAAGAGAGUAAAGUACUGUUGGAAUUGUGUGAUAAAAUAGCUCUGUGUCACUGGUGAUACAGAAGUGAUUUUUGUUUUUCAAAAAAAGCCUCUUUUCUAGUUUUAAUUUGCAUUAAAAAUGAUGAAAUAUCA